AUGCGAUUCAGUGAAAUCAGCAAGACUGUGUUCGUUGAAUGUACUUUUUAUUCUCUUUUGUUUUACAGAGGCCCAGAAGACACAAUAAAUGAUUGUAAAAUCCUUUUUAUAGAGGAAAUGUACAAGAUUGAACAGCCAGGAGCCUAUCCAUUGACAUUUGGGGAUGGAGAUUUCAAAAGAAAAAGUGGCCCUGAAUGCAAGCACUGUAGGGCUGAUCCAGAUAAGGAGUGCCGUUUUUGUUCAUGUUAUUUGUGUGGUGGAAAACAGGAUGCUCACAUGCAACUCCUGUGUGAUGAAUGUAAUAUGGCUUAUCAUAUAUACUGCCUGAACCCUCCCUUAAGCAAGAUACCAGAAGAUGAGGACUGGUAUUGUCCUUCCUGCAAAAAUGAUUCUAAUGAAGUUGUAAAGGCUGGAGAAAAACUCAAACAGAGUAAAAAGAAAGCAAAGAUGCCAUCUGCCAGUACUGAAAGCCAGAGAGACUGGGGCAAGGGCAUGGCCUGUGUUGGUCGCACCAAGGAAUGCACUAUUGUUCCAUCAAAUCAUUAUGGACCAAUACCUGGUGUUCCUGUUGGGACAACCUGGAAGUUCAGAGUUCAGGUGAGCGAAGCAGGUGUUCACAGGCCACAUGUGGGUGGAAUCCAUGGACGCAGUAAUGAUGGAGCUUAUUCACUUGUGUUAGCUGGAGGAUUUGAAGAUGAAGUGGAUCGAGGAGAUGAAUUCACUUACACUGGGAGUGGAGGUAGAGAUCUUUCUGGCAAUAAAAGGAUUGGAGAGCAUUCAUUUGAUCAGACAUUAACACACAUGAAUAGGGCAUUGGCCCUUAACUGUGAUGCCCCACUGGAUGACAAAAAUGGAGCAGAGUCUAAGAAUUGGAGAGCUGGUAAGCCAGUCAGAGUAGUGCGCAGUUCAAAAGGACGGCGAAUCAGCAAAUAUGCCCCAGAGGAAGGCAACAGAUAUGAUGGCAUUUACAAGGUGGUAAAAUACUGGCCAGAAAUUGGAAAAUGUGGAUUUUUAGUUUGGCGUUAUCUUUUGAGGAGAGAUGACAUUGAGCCUGCACCUUGGACUUCGGAAGGAAUGGAGCGCUCAAAGAAACUGGGUCUAAGUGUACAGUAUCCAGAAGGUUAUUUGGAAGCCAUGGCUAGCAAGGAGAAGAAGGAUAAGGUUAAAAAGCAAACUGUGAAACAGGAGCCGACCAGCCAGAGCAAUGGAAACCAGAAAAGGACAAUUGAUGAUGCAGGUAUAGAGGAACCUAUGAAUACACCCAAAGCCAUGAGGAUGGGAGAUGGAGGGAAAGGAGAGGCUUUCCAGCUGACCCAAGAGCAGCAAUGGCUGAUUAGAGAAGACACUAUGAACCAGAAACUGUGGGAUGAAGUACUUGCUUUUCUUAAGGAAGGACCAAAUUUUCUGAAGAAACUGGAACAAUCCUUUAUGUGUGUCUGCUGCCAGGAGCUGGUUUACCAGCCAGUGACAACAGAGUGCCUCCACAACGUCUGUAAAAGUUGUUUACAGCGCUCUUUCAGAGCUGAAGUCUUCACCUGCCCUGCCUGCCGCUAUGACCUGGGAAAAGGCUACACCAUGGUUCCCAACAAGAUACUGCAGACACUACUGGACCAGUUCUUCCCUGGUUACAGUAAAGGACGAUGAUGUGCUCAGAUUCUUCUGUACUUCACCCAAUGACUUUAAGAGAGUAAAGGGGAAUAAACAUGGGAAAUUCAACAGUGGACCAGCCACCUUGAUGGGACUCAAUAUAUUGUCACAUUUUGAAGCAGCUAACCCUCUUCCCAUCAUGGCCAUCUUUUUGGUGUAGUGAGAACUCUAAUUCUUAGCUGUCUUUUAACAUCAAAGGUAGUUUUGGCCAGUUAAAAAGUAGUUUUUAAAG